CGCCAUUGUGACACUCCAAGGACAACUUCAACUCUCCUCUCUCUCUCUCUCUCUUGAAGGAGUGAGUACAUAGGCAGAUGACGAGGCCCGGAGUCGGGUCGAACACAAGCAACACCGCCGCCUCGGCCGUGCCGCACUCGGCAUGGCGCUCUCCGGUCACCUACCUCUUCGGCGGGCUGGCGGCGAUGCUGGGCCUCGUCGCCUUCGCCCUCCUCAUCCUCGCCUGCUCCUAUUGGAAGCUGUCCGACUACCUGAGCACCGACGCUGACGGGGGGGAGGCCUCGGGAGACGCCGCGAAGCCUCCGCCCCCGCCCCCGCCCCUCUGCGAGAAGAGCGUCGUCGUCGUCAUGGCCGGCGAUUGCAAGCCCAGCUUCCUUGCCACUCCCGUCGCCUGGCACGCCGCAGCGAGUGGGAGGAAGAUGGAAGCCGCGGUGAGCUCACCCAGGCGUGACGCGAUCCCAAUCCAACGUGAAUUGGACCGCAACAGAGAAGAACGCGGAAACCCGCAGUAGUAGUCUCGUUCUUCUUUGUUUCUUGUACUUUUAGAGGAAAAGAAGGGUCUUAACUAUAAAUUCAUAUCACAACAAGUAACAAUUUGA